UCAUUUGCCAAGAUGUGGGAAUGCGCUACUUGUUAUGACGAAUUCUAUGAUCGAUCUGACUGCGAUGAGCACAUGGAUGAUUACGAUCAUUGGCGCGAGUGCGAGACGUGCCCUCGUAAAUUCCGCAGUAAUCAGGCGUGCAAUCAGCACAUGGAUAACUUGCAACAUUGGGCUCCCGAGUUUGAGUGUGAGACUUGCACUCGUACAUUCUCCUCUCAGAACGCGGCCAACCAGCACAUGCAAGCCACAGGACACUACGAAAACUACUGCCGUGAUUGUGAUCGACAUUUUCAGAAUGAAAAUUGCUACCGCAUGCAUAUGAACUCUAAGCUCCACCGCGGCAAAGGCGUCAAUUGCCCAUUUUGCAGUGCUGGUUUUGUCACGGCGAGUGGCGCCUCCCACCACCUCGAGAGCGGUGCCUGCCCUGAAGCUGGAAGAUGGAACCGUGACACUAUUCACCGCGCGAUUCGGUCACUCGACACCAAUGGUAUCAUCACAAAGAGACAAAUCGAAUGGCAUGGCGACGAAGAUGUCCAGUACGAAGCUACUCACGCCGCGUUUGAUGGCGACUUCUGGAGAUGUUACAUUUGCCAAAAGGGGUUCAACAUGGUUCACUCACUGAACGCGCAUAUCAAUUCUCCCGUUCACAAAUCGAGGAUCUACCACUGCCUUAACAAGCGUGGACAGUGUAACAAAGAGUUCGUGUCUCUCGCCGCUCUGUUCAGUCACUUGGAAAGUGAGUCGUGUGGAUACACCCGCUUUGAAAACGUCCAGAAUGUCCAUCGCCGAUUGCACGACGCCGUCCAAGGCCGCCGAAUGAUCACUGGGAUUUAG